AUGUUAGAAACGGAACUCGGUGGAAACCCAUUUUCUGUUUCACACCACCACUGUCUAAUGCUGGUAAUGCUGUUUGCGGCUCCAGAGGCUGGGGUUAUGAUUCCGAUCUUAGUGGAACCGACGUGCUCUGGCCCGGAUGUCGCGAUUGCAAAGCCCAGGCUUAAACCUAUGCAGAACUCCAGUCUUACUAGUCGCAGAUGCGGUUCGCCAUCAAUGAUGCUAGGUAAGUGCAAAUCUAGAAUUGGUAUUUGCAUGGACACCACUGUGUCUGAUUUUGCAGAAGUUCUGGCACCUAAUUAUUUUCCGCAGCCUUCGUUCACCCUCAGGCGCCCUCGAUUAGCAACCCCACAAGCAAUCGACGUCGGCUUCUGCGAUCCUCGCAACUUGACUGCUUCUGCCACCUCCGGCUUAACUCUGGUUCCGAAAAUCACCUUCAACGGUCUCGGUGAGGAAGGUGCUAGGUCUUUAGAGCAAGGCUCCAUUCACACUUCUGGCUUUUUCCAGCUUGCAUUUAACUUCAGCUCCGCCAUUGCUAGCCGUCUGCCAACAUUCGAAGAGCUCCCUGACUUCGAGUCUCGAGAUGACCUGUUCAACUUGGUAAAGUCCGUUGAAAUCCCUAGAUCCCCUGUACGCACCGGCUCAUUAGUUGUCUCCUCGUUCCCUUUUUUCCUUAGCGUUCUUUCCAUCGCGGAAACUGCCAAGGACGAUUACAAGGGUGAGCGCCAGGAUAGCAGUAGUAGAGAUAUCCGAUCUGUGGUACCUCUCAUGAACAUAACUUCUGUUGACAAUCAGACCAUCAAGGCUGAGGGAAAGCCUCGCCGGGUCACUCCAGUGCCGUCUGGCACCAACGAACCUGGCACUUAUUCGGCUCCACUGGCUGCCCCAUUCCACCACCAGGGCCGCAAGCAGACUUUUACUGAAGAUCCUUCCAAGACAUUUGUUUGUGACCUGUGCAACCGACAAUUUCGCCGACAAGAACACUUGAAGCGUCACUAUCGAUCACUCUACACACAGGAGAAGCCAUUUGAAUGCAAUAAAUGUGGCAAGAGGUUUUCCAGAAGCCACAACCUCGCUCAACAUGCUCGCACUCAUGCCAGUGGUGGCACCACCGUCGUGAACCUCAUUGAUAACACCGAUACUUUCGGUACAAGGGUAGCAAGCUCGCAACCUCAUCUGAAGGCAACUAUGUCAACUACGGUAAGAUCUCUUCCGCAUCGCUUCCCCGGCGCCUGGAGACGCAAGCGAUUGUCAUCAGAAAGAGCCAGUAAUAAUGGCUAG